AUGAGCGGCUACAGCAUCAAUCAAGCGCACCUGAUUCACGAUCACUCCUCGGGCCGAUCCAGUACACGUCUGCACGCACCUCCCGGCGGUGCAUCUUCCAUUUCCUUUGGAUGGGGCCAGGAAAAUGAGCCACCACGUGUUGCCAUGUCGCCUCCGAAGAGCAUUGCUACUCCUCCCAAGGCUGUACAAGCUGCAAGCCCUCAACCCACCGAGUCCCCAGGGGAGGACAGGAAGGGAUUUGGUGACACUGGACAUUCCUGUGUUCGACUGCACGCUCCUGCUGGAGGUUCCAAUGCCUUAGGGACUUCAUUUGCCUGGGCUGAACCCGAAGGAAAGGCUCCCCCCCAGCCUGCUGAGCACGUGCACAAGCAGAGUAUGCCAUCUGCUAAGGUGGUGUCCAACGUGAUGCAAGUCGGAAGCACUGUCAUCUACAGACAGUUGGGAAGCAAUGCCGAGAGUGUUGCCCAGAUUGUUGAGAUCGAGCCUGUUGGAAGCAGGAAAGACAACUACAAGAUCCGAUUUGAAGAUGGAAGGGAACGAAAUACCACGGUGGACAAGCUGCGACUCGUUCAAGAAGAGGAAGCUCCUGAGGAAGGGAUGGAGAGGAUGAAUGUUCAAGAUGAAAAUGUCCCUCCUGCAGAGACUUCCUCCCCCUUCCGCAAGACGGACUUCCAAGACAAGAGGAUUGGAGAUGGCGUGAAAGUUCAGGCCGUUCAAGGAGCAGGAGUCGGCGAGCUUUCUAUCGGGCAGAAAGUUCUUUACAAACAAACUCCUCGCUCAGAUCCUGAAGAAGUUGUUGUUGUCGAUGUGGAGCUUCCAGGCCACAAUGGUUCUAUGAGGACCAAGACUUACUAUCAUAUCCAGUUUUCCGAUGGCAGAACACGCGAGACCACAAUCGACAAGAUUACCAAGAUGUGA